AUGUCGCCCAAAUCGAUGCAAUUCACUACAGCCCUCAUUACCGGUGGUGCUGGAGGUAUUGGAAGAGCCAUUGCUGAAUACUUCAUCUCUCAAGGAAAGAAGGUCAUCAUUGUAGGCCGUACCGAGUCCAAGCUACAGUCUACGAGCAAGGAGAUCGGCGCCGACUAUUAUGUCUUGGACACUGGAGAUAUCAAGGCCAUCCCAAGUUUCAUUCAGAAGAUCACAAAGGAGCACCCAGAGCUGGACUGCCUCGUCAACAAUGCCGGCGUUCAGAGACCUCUUAACGUGAACGAUAUGUCAGUCGAAGAGUUCCUCGAGAAAGGAGACAACGAAAUCAACAUCAACGUUCGCGGACCCAUGCAUCUGGCAGUUGGCUUCCUGCCUCACUUCAAGUCCAAGAAGUCGGCCGUUAUCAUGAACGUCUCGUCCGUCCUCGGCUUCAUCCCCUUCAGUAUCAUCAACCCAGUAUACAACGGCACCAAGGCUUUCAUGCACUUCAACACGAUGAAUCUGAGAUCUCAGCUGGAGCAAGCCGGGUCGUCCAUCAAGGUGAUUGAAAUUGCACCGCCAUCUGUGGGUACCGACUUGCACAGAGAAAGAGAGGAUCCGGACGACAACAAGAAACACAAGAAUGCCAGUGCCCUGUCUGUGGAAGAGUUUAUGGACGAGGUCAAGAAGGGAUGGCAAGAAGACCGCGAUUGCAUCGGAGCUGGCAUGAGCCAAACAGUGGUAGACAGAUGGUACAAUGAGUUCGGGCCUGAUUAUGCAAAGGCCGAAGGCAAGGGAAAAUAA